GUCCUCGAUAGUCCGCUUACUACUUAAGCAUGUAAUCGUACCUAGCUGCGUAUACUUCUCGAAAGAAGUGACACGAUGCCAUCAGCCAAUUCUAAGUACCGGCAUCUGACUGCUGGCGAAGCCGCCAUUCUCGAGAUCAUAGAUGAGAAUCCCGAGAUGCGCGGAUGGGUCGAAUCACUUCGAGAUUCUCCUUUCGAGCAGUGCGAAACGUGCCAGAUGCUCACUUUCAAAUCGCUCAAAUCGUUCUAUGGGGGCCAAAUGUUUCGUGCAAACUGGGACCAGGUGAAAGAUACCGCUGUUAAGGGGUGUCACACCUGCAGAGUACUCUACUUUGCGUAUAUGGGCGCCAAAAUAGAGGACUCUGGCUUAGUUAGGACAGCUCCGCGUCCUAUUGAGCUCUGUUUGACAUGGGCAAGAUUGGAGGCAGGCUAUUGGGGGAAUCAGUUUAUUUUCUGUAAAACCGGUUUCAUGCCAGAUGUGCCACUCGAUGACUGCGAAAAGGAACUCAACAAAAUCAUAACCACGCGGUUUAUCGAAGACGAUCCGGGUUCAGAUGGUGCCUUUGCUCUCGCAGAGAGCUGGAUCUUAGACUGCGUGGCAAGCCAUGACCACUGCUUGAACAACCAAAAUGUCGAAUUACCUUCAAGAGUUCUUGAUAUUGGCGAGUAUAUAACAACCGGAAGAGCGUAUCUAUUCAUUUCUGGUGGUGUGAAAUCGACAUAUGUUGCGCUGAGUCACUGCUGGGGAGGAGAUGCUCCAGAGGACGGGCUUAUUCGGGAGUGUACCACUAAGAACUACAAGGAAUUAAGGGCCGGAUUCUUCGUGUCUAGGCUUCCAAGAACUUUUCAAGAAGCGAUCCUAGUCGCUAAUCAAUUGGGGGUUCGAUACCUCUGGAUUGACUCCCUUUGUAUCCUUCAGGACUCCCAUUCCGACUGGAGUCAUGAAUCCGAGCUGAUGAGCAGGGUCUACGGCAAUUCCUACGUCACAAUUUACGCUUCUGCCGCACCGAAUAGUGACGCAGGCUUCCUGCGGUGUCGACCUCGAGACCGACGUGUAAGAACAAAACUCUGUCGUGUACCAGAUUCCCUAGAUCGUUGGAUCUGGAUACAGUGGCCCGGUGGCGAGCAGGUAUGGAACCUAGAUGAAUCAGCAGGUCCUUUGUGGUCUCGGGGUUGGGCUUUCCAGGAACUUGUUCUACCUCCUCGAGUUCUAGAGUACGGUCCACAUGCCAUGAGUUUAAGAUGCAAUACUCAGCAUUACGAGGAAGAUUCCCGUCGAAACACUGGUGGCACCCACGAUGGUUACAAGGAACUGCUUUGGAUCAUGUCGCUGCCCGACAUCAUCAACUCGCCAUCAUUGGAACACAACUCAUUCUCGCGAGAUCCGGGAGGUACGACAAUGACUGUUUACCGGCGCUGGUACAAUCUUGUGGAAGGGUUUGCAGGCCGCGAAUUGACAGAAGAGACGGACAAGCUUCCAGCGAUUGCCGGAAUUGCCGACAAGAUCCGACAAAUUACUGGUGAUUCUUAUAUGGCUGGGCUAUGGAAAAAUGAUAUAGCGACAGGGUUAUGCUGGGGCGUUGGGACACGAAGGCUCCCGUCAAAAUACAUCGCGCCGUCCUGGAGCUGGGCUUCGACGAUCGGCACUGUGCGAUACCCAAUUCCCGACGAUCUCAAAUUUAGUGUUGAACUCGUCGACUGGAAGAUCGAAGCUGAUCCGUUGAAUCCGCUGGGCGAAGUUUCCCAUGGCUUCAUCACUAUAGGAGCGCUAAUGCGACCCUUUGAUAUCUCCGGUGACAAUGUGCAUACGCAGGAGGAUUAUGAUCACGAAGCCCAAAAAGUCAGAGUCAAUCUCAAGAGGACGAGGGACCGAAGCAACUUCAGGUACAGCCCACUGAAGUUCCCACUGAGUGACCAGGAGGAAGUUCGCGAUCCUCGAGCAGGUGGUACAUGUGCUAUGUGGUUUGACGUGGAGCCUACGGAGGACCUGAAAGAGGUGCUGUUAGUGGACCUCAAGGCUGAAAGCUAUAACAUGAAGCUGGAACGACCUAGCGGAUCAUUUAAACCAGAAGGUAUUAUACUGCAAAGUGCCAUGACUGAACGCUUUGAGGCAACGGGGACAGCGGUGUAUAAGAGAAUUGGGCUUUGGGGCCGGUCAGAUGCAUGGGCAGAGUGGCUGGAAGAGGGAGAAGAGUCAGCCGUGUUGGAAGGAUGGAAACAGACGGAUAUUACGAUCAUUUAAGGUCCGAAAACGCUAUUGAUAUAGGUGAAAAUGUAGCAUGAACAAGCC